AUGGAGAGUGUCACACGUAUGAGUUCGAUGGUGAAGAAACUGGAUCUGGAUCUAGAUCUAAGGUUUUCAAGUACCAUGUUCAAAGAAGAUGAAGUGGUUUAUGAAAGGCGUGCUGCUGCCAGACCGACUUCUGCAAGAGGUUUUAAUGUUUACUAUGAUGUUGAUGUUGAAGGUGAGGAAAUAUUUAGGAAUUUCUUCUUUGGAGGAAUGGCCCAUGCUGCUAAUUUUUGUGGGUUUAGUUUUGUAGGGUCGGGGAUGGCUCAUAGACAGCCUGCUGCUGAUAAUGGCCCUGACAGAUUCAAUGUCCGAGCUUUGAUUCAGGUGCUUCUUGUGCUUCUCAUUUUACUUAUUAACUUUUUGCCUUCGCCAGAUCCUGUCUACACUCUUUCGCAAAACUAUCCCUUUGAACACUGGCUUACUACCCCUAAGGGGGUUAACUACUAUGUUAAGUCCACAAAGUUUGAACAAGAUUAUCCCUUAGAUAGCCGCGAGCGUCUUAUAAUUGAGGAAAGAGUUGAGAGAGAAUACUUUGGUAUUCUUCGCCAGAAUUUUUGUUGA